AUGGCAGAACAAAAUACGGGCAUUGAAGGGCAGAAUCAUGAUGAACUCUUUCGCUUUGUGAAUGCGCAUCGUCCUUCUCCGGACACUGUCACAAGCUUGAUCAGACGUAUGCGCGCGUUGACCUUGAAGCUGCUUCCAGUAGAGGUCCCUCCCGAGAGCCUCGCAGAUCCGACCAGCAGAGUGAUCACUCCUCAAGUGAUCGAGGCAUAUAUGGCAGCAGCGGGAGACUUUCUGGAAGUUUUGCCAUAUUGUCUGCUACGAGCACGCAAGGAGUUUGUAUGGGAUGCGAACAACAAUCCUGCUGACUUUGGAGAGAAUUCCGGGAGAGCUGUGGCUUGCGAAGUACUAGCUCGCCGUGUAAUUCACCAAGCCCCUUCGGACCAGACGGUACCGAUGAUGUCGACUCGUUUUCGGUACAAAGAGACAGACGACGGCAUCAGUGAGAAGGCGAGUGCUCUCGAGCUUGCCAUAGACUCCCAUUGUACGAUAUUCCUAUCGUCCACUGAAGCUCAAGAUGUGGUGAACUACUUGUGGAAUGGUCAACUAGUCCAAAAGCAUGGCCAUGAUCAUGAUAUCGACUUCGUUCCAUAUAGGAAAUAUGGGUGUGAUGGAUUCUGGGCACAUCUUGACCCAGGCAGGUUGUCUGUUCCUCGAUACCAGAACAUCUUCCGCAUAGUCGUAUGGUUAUUCUUCCUCUUCGCAUACUCACAAGCAGUCCGUGAGCCUCUGGACAAGCUGGAUCCUGAUCACUCCGAGCUGGACAUUUGGGAAGUGAUCAUGUACAUUUUAGCACUAUCAUUUUCAUUCGAGAAUAUGCAUAGGAUCUACAAGCUAUUCCUCUUCGCUUCCUGGCGCUCUCUUGGAUUCUGGGACAUCGUGUCAUUCAUGACGGACUCGUUGCUGCUCGUGGCAUUCAUUCUGCGGGUGGCCGGUAUUGCUUCUGAGGAGCCUAGCAGUGUGACGCUUCGCAUACUGAGUUUUCAGUGCCUGAGUUUCGUCGCUCCGUUGAUCUGGAUGAAGGUUAUCCAAAUCUUUGACGGAUUCAAGUUUGUGGGAACGAUGCAGAUCUGCGUCGCGCGUAUGUUGAAGGAGUCUGGGAUCUUCUUCGGACUCCUCGCACUCCUCGGGAUUGGAUUCAUGCAAGGGUUAUAUGCCCUCGAUGCUGCGGAUGGGCAGGCGGAUCAUUCCCGUGAGGUGGUGCACGUCCUGGUGCAGGCACUACUCCAAUCGCCCAACUAUGAGAUGUUCGCUGGGAGCCCUGCUGGACAGAGCUUGUACUACCUAUGGAACGUCGUGACGGCGGUCAUCCUCUUGAACGUCCUGAUCUCUCUGUUCUCCUCUGCGUAUAACGAUGUUGUUGAGGACGCAGCGGCGGAGUACAUGACAUACUUCGCCGGAAAGGUGAGCAGUAUGAUCAGGGCGCCGGACGAUUACGUGUAUCCCGCACCGUUCAACAUCUUCGAAAUCUUCCUCGUCGCGCCGUUUGAAUUCUUUGUGAGCGAGACUACGUACGCCAAAAUCAACCGCUACGUGAUGCUGGUCAUCUUCUUCGUUCCGCUGUCGAUUGUCGCGCUGUACGAGGCGGAGCUGGAGCCGUCGAAGAACAGGUGGAUCAAGGACUGGCUCGCGCAUCCCGAUGAGGGCGGUGAGGGCACGCCUGAGUUUGAGAAUCCGGAGGUGCAUGCGGAUGAUGCGGCGAAGGGGCUGAAGAUCAGCAAGGUGCCGUUUGUGGAGCUUGUAAAGCUGUUCCCGGAUGCGACGCAUUCAACCGAGGCGGUUCUGCUGAAGGAGAUCAGGCAGGUAAAGGAGCAGAUCGAAGAGCUCAAGCAGCUGAUGAUUAAGAAACCGGAAUGA